AUGGCCCCCCCUGGCAUUCUUCGCAGUGAAAUGGCCGAACCCACCGCCAGUACGGCGAUUGAUACGAGCUUGUCGGGCUGCAAUGGAUGCGUCAAGAUUGCCAGAGCAGAGCAUCUCCUGAGACGGAGCUUGACCCCGGAAAGUCCCGUUGCCGCCGCCGCGUCCCUCGGCGGCCCCUCGCCUGAGACGGCGCCCGAGGGCAAGCCGAAGCUCCUCCACAGCCUCAAGCACGGCAGCGCCAUCCUCGCCCUCGCCGCGAGCCCCGAGCACGACGCCAUCUACGCCGGCACGCAGGACGGCGAAAUCAUAACCUGGUCUCUCUCAACCUUCCACCAGCUGCGGCACGUGCAGGCGCACAAACGCAGUAUCCUCUCGCUGUUUCUCUCCCCCGACGGCUCGCUGCUCUUCUCCAGCGCAGGCGACCCCAUCAUCAACGUAUGGUGCCCCCGGACGCUGCGCCACCUCUACGAGAUCUACGGCACCUACGACGUCGGCGACAUCUUCAGCACCGCCUACAGCGCACAGCACGACACGCUGUACCUCGGCGCCCAAAACACUUCGAUCCAGUGGGUGCGGCUCGGCGACCCGAGCGCCGUCGUGGCCGCCGGCUCGCAGAAGCACCCCGAUCGCCGAAACCACAGAUUCUUCGACUCCAAGGCCGUCGGCGGCGGGUCUACCCCGCGACGAAACGAGGACCGCUGGGCGCUGAUUCCCCGCGCCAACACGGUUCUUGAGAUCGAUAGCGGCUCCAUCCGCAACUUUGCGCACUAUGGCUACGUGUACUGCAUGCUCAUGGCCAAGGGCCCGACCGUGCUCGUGGAUGAAGACGACGAUGUCCUGAUUUCGGGUUCUGGGGACGGCACAAUCAAGCUCUGGGCGCUGGGUCGUGGCACGCGAGAGGGCCUGGACGAGGGCGAGCCAGACCGUGGCACAAUAGAGGAGAUUAUGACUCUGGGAACGGACGACGCAGAUUCUGUGCUGUCGUUGGCCAUUGAUGGGUCAUUCUUGUACUCGGGAAAGCUGGAUGGCGUGGUGGAGCUGUGGGAUCUCGACACGGCGCAGAAGCUGAGAGUCAUCAAGGCGGGCGAGGCGGACAUUAUGGCUCUGCAAAUGGCCUGCGGCUUUCUGUGGACCGGAUCUACAGAUGGCCAUGCGAGCAAAUUCAGCACCGUGCACUACGGCAAAUAUCAGCAUCCCACGGACAAGAUUGCACAGAAAUACCAAUGCCUUGGCCACUGGAAAGCGCAUCAAGGCAAAAUUCUGGCUUCUGCCGUGGUAAACUACCAUAACGAGCAGUUCUACAUUACCGGAGCCAACGACGACGAAAUUAGCAUCUGGGAGGUUACGGACUCCGACACGACGGCCCCGGAAACUGCCGAGGGCGGAGAUGAUCCUCUGCUGUCCACACUGGUAGACUUUGUCUCUUACAAGACAGUCUCGUCAAAGCCGGAAUUCGCAGAGGACUGCCGCAGAGGCGCGACGUUUCUCGGUGCUCUGUUUAAGCGCCUGGGCGGUGACGUCGAGAUGCUCAGCACAGAAAAGGGGCACAAUCCUGUUGUGUAUGCCAAGUUCUCAGCAAAGCAAGAGUCGGCCAAGACCCGGAAACGCAUUCUGUUCUAUGGCCAUUAUGAUGUCGUCGCUGCCGACAAUGAGACGGGAAAGUGGGCAACAGACCCGUUCACAGUGACUGGCAUCAACGGAUACAUCUAUGGACGUGGCGUCAGCGACAACAAAGGUCCCAUCGUAGCGGCGUUAUAUGCUGUCACAGACUUGAUGCAAGCCAAGCAGCUGGAGAAUGACAUCAUUUUCCUUAUCGAGGGUGAGGAAGAAUAUGGAUCGCGAGGUUUCAAGGAGGCCGUGCGGCAAAACAAGGACCGCAUCGGCCAUAUUGACUACGUCCUCCUGGCCAACAGUUACUGGUUGGACGACGAAGUACCGUGCCUUACCUAUGGUCUUCGUGGUGUCUUGCACGCAACUGUGUGCGUUGAUUCACCGCGACCUGACACCCACUCUGGAGUGGACGGGUCUUUCAUGAUGAACGAGCCGCUAUCAGACCUGACCUGCAUCAUUUCCAAACUCAAGGGUAUCGGCAAUCGAGUGCAAAUUCGAGGGUUCUACAGCGGAAUCCCAGCAUUGACUCCUGCGGAAGAAGCACGCUACGACGACAUUGUAUCCAUACUGAAGCGCGGCCGUUCAGACAACAUCUCGGAAGAGACUCUCAAAAAAUCUUUGAUGGCGAGAUGGCGCGAGCCCAACCUGACAGUCCAUAGCUACAAGGUCUCUGGCCCCGAUGGCAGCCUGGUCAGCAGUCACGCCAACUCGCACAUCAGUCUGCGUCUCGUGCCUGGGCAAGAGGUCAAUGAUGUUGCCGAGGAGCUCACCCAGUUCCUGCUGCAGCAGUUUGCGACUUUAGAAUCGCAGAACCAGCUGAGCAUCAGCAUCGACAAUAAGGCGGAGCCUUGGCUCGGCGACACCAGCAACAGCAUCUUUCGCACUCUCGAGCAGGCCAUCAUCGAAGCCUGGCCGGAUUCGUUUGAUACCGACAGCUCGGGUAAGAUGCCUGCGGGCUCCAAGAACAAGGCCUCCAAGCCCCGUGGCCCCCUCUAUAUCAGAGAAGGUGGUUCCAUUCCCGCCAUUCGCUUCUUGGAGAAGGAGUUCAAGGCACCGGCCGCGCAUCUGCCGUGCGGGCGCUCGAGCGACUCGGCGCACCUGAGCAACGAGCGCAUGAGUGUGGUCAAUUUGCUAAAGGCGCGCGAGAUUAUGGCCAAGGUCUUUCGCCGUCUGUAA